GUCCAGUCCAGUCCAGUCCACCCCGUAGGCGAGAGAGGGGAGGCGCAGGUGGGUGCGUGAUGGCCGCCGUCGCCGGAGCCGGAGGAGGCGACGAGAUGCUGCUUCGGCGCUCGCGCCGGCGGCUGCCCCUCGCCGACCUCACGAACCUCUCCUCCGCCACCUCCGCCAUCACCCGCCUGAAGCGCAAUCCCCAGCACCGCACGAGCCCCGCCAGCAGCACCAGCAGCAUUGGCUCCUCCACCGUUCCCCGCAUCCCCACGCCUCCUCCGCCCGCGGCCCUCUCCGUUUCUACGACUAAGGGCAAGGAUAAAUCCACAAGGGAGCUUCAAAGUUCCAAUACUCAUCUAAACAAGAUUCAAAAGAUCAGUAAACCUAAGGUGAAGACUGGAGGCGUGCUACCUGGGACGUCAUCUCCUCCCAGCAAAAACACAAGGAAGAUAACAAGGAAAGAGCAGCCGCGCACAGAGUCUUUGAUCUCCACCUUGUAUGCCUCUAGUAAAACAAAGGCGAAGACUAGUGGAGACGUGCUGCCUGGGGCAUCAACACCUCCCACCAAAAAGAUAAUGAAGGUAACAAGGGAAGAGCAGCCGCGCACAGAGCCUUUGAUCUCCCCCUUGUAUGCCUCCAGUAAAACAGGGCUGAAGACUGGAGACGGGCUGCCUGGGGCAUCUUUGCCUCCCAGAAAAAAGACAAGGAAGGUAACAAGCAGCAGCAGGAAAGAGCAGAUGCAGAUGGAGGAGAUGAGUUGUGAUGAGUCCCUGGUACUGAGCGAGGAUUUCAUCAAGGAGCGGAGGGCCUACUUUGCGGAGAUCGAUGCAUUUGAGCUGGUAGAGGAGUUUGUUUCAUCAGGAAGCGACGCAGAGUAGACGUUCAUUUGGCUCUUGUUGCUUUAUAUACAUCUCUGGAAGUCGAUUAGGCGGGCAUAUGAUUCACAAGAGUAGAAAAGAUAUAUGUGUUGCACGGCCAGCCUGGGUGGAGAGAGGUUAGCUGAGUCUUAAUUCUAGAGCGCGGAGUCCAUGAAGUAGUAAAGUGUUGAGUCCUCAAGAUUGGUUGCUGCCUCGCAAUUCCUCUGCUGACAUGAUGGUAGUCGUUAAGCUGGUGACAUGAUGGUAAGUACUGUAGAAAAUAUAAGGUGGUGGUAUGUAUGUACUCAGCUAGUGUAAUGCGUACUAGGUAUCGUCUUGUCAGCAGUUGGGUAUUGUGAUGGCAUAUAUCCAUACAGAACCUGCAGAAGAAAAUGAUGGAAAGUGUAUGAUUGCUGUGGUA